AUGAAUAAUAGAAGAGAGAGUGAAAAUUGGUUUUUUAAAGUUUGGAGUAACAAAUUUUUAAGGAGUAAAAUAUUAUUAAAGGUUAAAGUUUUCAAUGAUUUUUAUAAUAAUUACAAGCUUGAUAGAAUAAUAUCAUGUUAUUGGAUGAUAGAGAAUGGAUAUUUUCAAUUAUUAAAAGAAAAAGUUGAAAAAGGUGAAUAUUUAGUUUUUAAUAGUAGUUUAAUUUAUCAUUCAAAAUUUGAUAAUAAAUAUAUAUUAUCACAAAGAGAAAGAGUUAAUAAAAAUUUAGAAAAUGGUGAUGAUGAAUUUGUGUUAAAUGAAAAUUCAAUUUUUUAUAAAGAAAAAGCAUCAAUUCAUUGGGAUUUAAAUUUUUAUAAUAAUUUAUUUAAAAAUUAUUCAAAUUAUUUUUUAAAUUUUAAUAAAUCAAUAACUGAGAGUACAUUAAUCCAAUAUGAUAAUCAACAAGCAUUACAAGUUUUAGUAGAGAAUUUUAAUCAUAUAUUAGAGAUUGAAUCAUUUUUUAAAUCAUUUGAAAUUGGAUCUUAUGAAUGUUCAUUUUAUAUUUUUAAUAAAUUUAAAAAUGAAAUUUUAAAAAGUAAAAAUUUUCAAUCAAGAAUUUGGAAUAUUAUAAUAAAUAAUAUUAAAUUAUCAAAGAAAGAUAUAAAUAAAGUUGAAAAUUUAAUUAAUAAAAGUGUAAAUUUUAUAAUAAAUAAAUGUAAUAUACAAUUACCACCGCCACCACAACAACAACAACAACAACAACAACAAUUCACACCAUGGUUAUUUAAUUUUCAAAUUUAUGAACAAAAAUUAUCAUUAAUUUAUAAUUGUGUUAAAUCAAUAGUUCAAUUAAAAGAAUUUUUUAAAUCAUAUAUAAAAUCAAUAAAUAAUAAUUCAUUUAAAUUUAAAUUUGAAAAUAAAGAUAUAAUUGAAACUAAUAAUUUGGUUAAAAAAUAUAUUAAAAAAUUUGUUAAGUUAUUAGUUUAUGAUGAGAAUGGAAAGAAAAAAAAAGAUUUUAAAAUUCCAGAUUUAAAAGAAAUUGAAUCAAUGAAAUUUACAAAUCAACAAUUUAAUUCAACAAUUUCAGAUUUAAUAACAGAUGGUGAUGAUGAAAAUUAUGAAAAUAAAGAUAUUCAAGAAAACCUUAGAAUUUUAUACUUUUCAUUAAUUCCAUUCAUUGAACAGUAUGAUCAUUUAAUUGGUAAUUUAAUUUUUUAUAAAGUUAAAAUUUUAAAUGAAAAGGAUUUCAUGAAAUAUAAUCAUUUGUAUCCAAAAUUAUGUCCUAAAAUGUUUGGAAUAUAUGGUAUUUAUGAUUAUAAAUAUAAUAAUGAAAAUUAUUUAUUUAUAUAUUGUAAAAAUAAUAGAAAUCUUCAAAUUGAAUAUAUUGGAAAAAUCAUUGAAUCAUUUCACAAUCAAAAAUAUCCUAUAUUUGAUUUAUUAUUAUUAUUUAGAAAUUUAGUAUGGUUAAAUGAUUUAGAAUUGGUUAAUUUAUUAAUAAACAAAAUGGAAGAUAAUGGUUAUAGAUUUGAAGAUAAUGAUAGACAAUUUUUAAUUUUAAAUAUAAAAUCAAUUGAAAUGUUUGAUUUAAUUUAUAGAAAUUUUAAAUCACAAUCAAAAAACCAAAAUAAUAAUAAUAAUAAUAAUAGUAAUAAUAUUUAUAAUACUAGUUACCCAAUUUCAGAAACAAAGUUUUUUUUUAAUACAUUAUUAAAAAGUAAAUUUGAAAAUUUAUCAAUAUUAUUACAACAUUAUAAAGAUUAUUAUACAAAUGAUUAUUAUACAAUAGUUGAUUUAAUAGAUUUUAAAAAUAAAAAUUAUUCAUUUGAAGUUUUUAAAUUUGUUUAUGAUAAUUUAAUAGAUUUUAAAGAUUAUGAAAAAGUUAAUGUUUGGAGUGGUACCAAUAAUAUAAAAUUAAUAAAAACAUUAAAUCAAUUCAAAUAUUUAGUUAAACUUACACCAAUUAAUAAAGAUUAUAAAAUACCAUAUGGAAAUGAAUCAUUUUUUAAAUUUAUAAUUGAGGAAAGAUUAAAUGAUUUAGAAAUUGGUAGAUGUGAUAUUACAGAAACUAGUUUACCAGAUUAUAGAUAUUUUAAAAUUUAUAGAAAUUAUAGAGUUAAUAAAAAUGAAAAUGAAAAUGAAAAUGAAAAACAAUUAUAUUAUUCAUUUGAAGGAAAUAAUACAAUAUUAAGGAAUACAUUAAUAAAGGCGUGUAAAUAUAAUGAUUUAAAAUUUAUUGAUAUGGUAAUGGAAGAAUCUUUUUUAUAUGAUCAAAAUAAUAAAGAUAAUGAAAAUUUUAAAAAUAUUUAUAUUAUUAGCAUUUUAGAAGUAAUAUGUUCACAAGGCGAUUUAGAACUUUUUAAAUAUCUUUAUUCAAAAUAUUCAAGUACAAUAGAUUUUUAUUUAAUAAAAAAUGAUAAACCUGGUUUUGAUGGCUAUUGUCUUCCAAUUAAACUUGCUUUACUCAAUGGUCAUAUCGACUUUUUAUUAUUCAUUUUAAAUUUAAUAUCAGAUAAAAUUUAUAUAAAUUCAAACACAACAAUUAAUAAUAAAUUAUUAUUAAAUCAUUUUUUAAAUGAAAAAAAUGAAUUAUUAACAAUCUUAUUAUAA